CAUGAUGAUAAGUCACAUGAAAGCCUUGCAUAUUUAAAAUAGGAUCUUGGUGUAUCUCAAAUAAGUUGAGUAGUUGCCCAAUGAUGAAUUUGGAAGAAGGGGAACUAAAUUUCAUAGUCUGAACCGCGGCGUGUUGCAGCUUGUAGUUUGUCGUAGUCGCGAAGGUUUUGGCACAACGAUCACCAAUGUAGCGCGGCCGUUGGAUCCUCUGCGCCGGUCGAUCUGAACGGCGGAGGACGCGCCCGACGCGAGCCCCGCAACCCCAUUGGCAAUGGCGCUGUCGGCGCAGGCCGCCGUCGCCCCGCGUCUCCUCCUCCCUCCCUCGCGCCGGCUCACGUCGGCUCCGAGUCCGGCGCCUCCUCGCCUCCCUCUGCUCCGCUCCAGCUCCGGCUCCGGCUCCUCCCGGUGGACGCGGCGGGCGAGCGUGCGGGUCCGCGCGGGCGCCGGCGGACGAGGGAGCAGGAGGGAGUGCCCGUACGAGGUGCUGGGCGUGGCGCCGUCGGCGUCGCCCGCGGAGAUCAAGCGCGCCUACAGGCGCCUCGCGCUCAAGUACCACCCGGAUGUCAACAAGCAGGCGAAUGCGCAGGCGAAGUUCCUGAGGAUCAAGCACGCCUACAACACGCUGAUGAACUCGGAGAGCCGGUCCAAGUACGCCGAGGCAGAACAGGAGUUCGAUUGGCUCGCGGCUAUCAUUGAAAGCAUGGAAGCAUUUCAGGUCUCGGAUGAUGAGCUGGAGUUAGACUGGAAACCUGAAGGCCUGUGGGAACAUGUGUUUGCGUAUUCUCUAAUUAUAUCCAUGCUUAUCUACGUUCUCACAUAAUGCACUUAGUGAUGUUUGUUAUAUAUACUUGGAUGUUCUCACACUUCUAAGGAUGUGUGCAUUUGCAUUUCAAAAGCAAAUCUUAAAAAAUGCACACAAAUAGGGGGGAGCUCAAUUUGUAU